AGUGAUGGCGGUGCACUCGUAGGCUUAUCGAUCAAAGUUUUGUUGCUCUAAAAGUCUUGGGAAUCCAUGAUCGAUGGAAAAGACCUUACUUUUUGGAAUGCUGUCGGUUUAUUGACGUGCGCGCGACUCUGGGGAGCGUUUCCUGAUGUGCGUAAACGACGUGUCAUUGGCGACAGGAGAAUUUUGGGAGCCGAAGAAACUAGUUUUUGAAUGAACCUCGGCAAGAGAAAUACGUGAGCUAACGCGCUAGCACAGCUCAGCCUGCUGUGUUCAACUCAUGCCAACAGUGUCUGUUUUUGUUCUAGUUGACAAGUACGUUAAUAACUUACUUGAAUUCGUUUAUUUAAAGAGUCUUCGGUUGUGAAAUAAACAUAAAGAUAUGUAGCUUAAUUCAAUCGCCUGGGAUGAGCAGGUACUUUGCACCUGUAGCUCAAGGCUUGAAAAUUGCUGUAUUUCUUUUUUUCUUUCUGAAUUUUGUAUUUACAAAAAUUGAAUUAGCUAAGGGACCACUUGAACUAAUAAUGUAGUUUUUACUUUAAAGAUUAUGUUUAAAACGGUGGACGUUCGUUUAAAAAACACUCUGGCUAAUGUUUAUGUCCGAGCUUCAGAGACACUACACUGCCAGAUUGGUUGACUGGUUUACGCGGAAACAAUGUAAUGCGUCUCUUAACCUCUCUUAAGCAGGACUUAACCUGAGCCUCUCGUCAUUAACGACACGUUGAUUUGAUAUAGUGACCAGGAACAUUUGUACGGAAUUUUGUGUGUAGAUGUUUCAAAUGGGAAUACAACUAGCGGACUACUUUUUACUUUGAUUUGACAUAAGCGCACCCUAUGGUGCUCCUGCAGGCACCGAGACAUGGAUGUUCCCCAGGCCGUUUUCCCAAACGGUGAGGGACGCCUGAGCCUUGAAGACCAUGUCUGGACGGAGUCCUCCAACUCUGAGUCUUGGUCUCAUUCUGCUCCCGUGUGUCCCCGCUCGCUCUGGACCGCAGUUUUUGACUAUGAGGCCAGCGGGGAGGACGAGCUCAGCUUACGGCGAGGAGACGUGGUGGAGGUCCUGUCUAAGGACGCUGCUAUCUCGGGAGACGAAGGGUGGUGGACUGGGAAAAUUAAUCGUCGUGUGGGCAUCUUCCCAUCGAAUUAUGUUACAUACCAACCAGCUAUUUAUAGACUUCCCACCGGUGGGUCGAUUGGGGCUCGGGUGAGUGACCCGUCCGCCCCUGUUAAGAUACCUUUUUCUGAACUUAUUUUAGAAGAAAUAAUCGGCGUUGGUGGUUUUGGCAAAGUUUACCGGGGGACUUGGAAAGAGCAGGAGGUCGCAGUGAAGGCAGCUCGGCAGGACCCCGACGAGGACAUUAAAGCAACUUCAGACAGUGUGAAGCAAGAAGCCAAACUUUUCUCAAUGCUGCAACACUCUAAUAUUAUUAAACUGGAGGGGGUCUGUUUGGAGGAACCGAACCUGUGCCUAGUCAUGGAAUAUGCCAGAGGAGGGACUCUGAACCGCGCCUUGACGGGCAGGAGGAUCCCCCCUCAUAUCCUUGUGAACUGGGCCGUCCAGAUCGCCAGAGGCAUGCACUAUCUCCACGAGGAGGCUGUAGUUCCCAUUAUUCAUCGAGAUCUGAAGUCCAGCAACAUUUUGUUACUUGAAAAAAUUGAAAAUGAUGACAUUGGUCGAAAAACCUUGAAGAUUACUGACUUUGGCCUGGCUCGAGAAUGGCACAAAACGACAAAAAUGAGUGCAGCUGGAACUUACUCCUGGAUGGCUCCUGAGGUUAUCAAGUCCUCCCUGUUUUCCAAAGGGAGUGAUGUUUGGAGUUAUGGUGUCCUCCUUUGGGAGUUAUUGACUGGAGAGGUUCCUUACCGUGGCAUUGAUGGUUUGGCAGUUGCCUAUGGUGUGGCUGUCAACAAAUUAACACUUCCCAUUCCAUCUACCUGUCCCGAGCCCUUCGCCAAGCUCAUGGAGGAAUGCUGGGAGCAGGAUCCCCAUAUCCGUCCAUACUUUGCUGCCAUCUUGGAGCAACUGACUGCCAUAGAGGAGGCUGUGAUGGCCACAAUGCCACAGGACUCCUUCCACUCAAUGCAGGAGGACUGGAGAGUGGAGAUCCAGGAGAUGUUCGACGAGCUACGCACUAAAGAAAAGGAGCUUCGUUCUCGAGAGGAGGAGCUGACACGUGCAGCCCUUCAACAGAAGUCUCAUGAAGAACUUUUGAAGAGGAGGGAACAGCAACUGGCUGAGCGAGAAAUUAACGUGCUUGAGCGAGAGCUCAACAUCCUCAUCUUCCAACUCAAUAAGGACAAGCCCAAUGUUAAGAAACGGAAGGGCAAGUUCAAGCGCAGUCGUCUCAAGCUCAAAGAUGGCAACCGCAUCAGCUUACCCUCAGAUUUUCAACAUAAGAUCACAGUUCAGGCCUCGCCCACUAUGGACAAGAGGAGAAGCCUUAACAGUACCAACUCCAGCCCCCCCAGCAGCCCUACACUGAUCCCCCGCCUCCGAGCCAUCCAGUUGAGCCACCCAGUUGACAGUAGCCAAAGACACAGUAUGUUUGUGUAUCACCAAGAUGUGGAUAUCACAAGCGAGUGUAAACCACCUAGCGGGUUUAGGAAGAAAGUGACCCUGGAUGAGAGCAACAGAACAUGGGGGCGGAGCACCAAUUUCAAACCAGAGGAGUUUGAAGAUGUUAAGAAAGGGUUUAAGAAGAAGGGGCGCACAUGGGGACCAAACUCCAUUCAGACAAAGGAAAGGGGAAAUGGUGCUGAAAGAGUUCGACCUCUCUCAGAUGGAAGCAGUCCCUGGUCCACUAGUCUUCUGAAAGCCCAGAAAUCUGUUCCAUUAGCUGCCUUAUUUGCAGAGCAGGGAAACGAUAAAGAUGAAAUAUGCUCUGCAGAUGGAUCCGACAACAAACCAAAGCAACUCAAGUUCCCCAACCAGGUGUAUAUUGAUCUAUCUCCGUGGAAAGAUGAGCAAGGUGAGAGCCAGGGGCCGGGAGGAGGUGAUAGCCAGGAGGACCCAACAACAUCCACUAGUUCCACCAGCACCACACCGCAGCACACACCCACCAACAGCCUAAAGCGUGUCGCCACACACCGCCGCACUGACUCUGUUCUCUAUGGCUGCGCCUCCAUCCUAGCAUCUGUCGCAUUUGGCUUUGACUUGCGAGAGGUCUAUAAGGCCGCUGCCAAUGAGGAACCAGAACCACGAGAGGAGAAGAAAAAACGAGAGGGCCUUUUUCAGCGCGCCACUCGCUUCCGCCACAGCACCAGCCCACCAAGUGGCCGCUCACGCAAGGAAGAGGUCACCACCGGGCCUGUUAACCUGCUAUCCAUGUCAUCGAUUUCUGAGUGUAACUCCACCAAGUGCCUCCUUCAGUCAGAUUUUGUGGGGUCUUCUAGGAACAGCCCAUUGAAAGAGUCUCCAUCCAAUUCCCAGACACAUCAGAAUAUGAGUGUGAGCUCCAGUGUGAUGACCCCUGUAAGAAGUGAUGUUAUCCCUGCAACCCCCUUACAAGAUCAUAAUUCUGGAUCCAACUCCAGGCUUCGAAGAAAAAAGUCUAGUCCUGCUGUGUGUCAAACCAUUAAUGGCAGCAGUAUCUCCCAGCCCAGCCCAGCUGAUUCUUCCACCACUUCUUCGUCCUUAAGAAAGAAGCCUGACAGCGAGUCUGCUCAAGAGAAGCAAGCUCCCAGCGAAUCAGUAUCCAGACCCAGACCGCUUUCCCUUAGAAGUAAAUCUCACUCCUGGGGUCUUCUAAAGAGCUAUUCACUUGGGCACUAUUCUGGGGAGAAGAGUGCUCAAAACUUGGACAUUGUCCUCCCUGCAGAGGUCACAAUGGGGUGCUCUUUGCUGGACAUGGACACAGAGGGUCAGAAACGAGACUGUACUGUUCCACUCUGUCGAAUACAGAGCGCUCCUGGUCGGUCCUCUGUCUUUGAACUAGAGAAAAAGUUUUUAUCCUGAAAUAAGCUGCCUUUUUCCUGGAGCACAAUCGUAAUUUUGUCUUGAAUCUGUCUGUUCCGCAUGAUAUUUAGUUUUGUUUUUCCAAGAUUAACAUCAUGGCCUUUGAUCUUUAUUUGAGCCAUUGCUGCUGUAGUUAUUCUGUGGUACUUUUAUUUAUAUUCUGUUUGCUUUAUGUAAUUUAAUAUUAAGUGACAUUCCAGUAAAUGUACUGUAGAAUUGCUGGUUUGUAGUUUUUUAAGCAAGGACUUGAAUCAUACAUUUUUACACUGAUAAACAAUAUCUCCGAUACUUUUAGAAAGUAUUCAGGCAUUUUAGUCUGUCACAUAGUUUCAUAUGAAAGACAUGAACAUCACCAACAGUGUUUAUAAAUAUUAUAUAGAUGUUGGAAAGAGGAGCUAUUAGUAAUCUGAUUAAGUGGCAUAGCUAGUUAAAAGAUGCCAAUACUAAUGUCUAUACCAACACUACCUUGCUUUGGAAGGUUUUGUCUGUUAUGACUUGUUUGAAAUUGAUUCCUGAACCAUGCAGUUGACUGCUUUGUUUUUAAAGCUCGAUUGGAUACCCACUUGAUUGACUUGCUGGAUGAAAUGAAUGCACCUUUUGACAUUUUUAACAUGAAUUCAAAUUCAUUUUCAUGUAAUUAUGUCUGCCAGAAGUGCACAUUUCUGGAUUGUAUAUCUGUAAGUUGCAUUUCUAAAAUUCAAUUUGGCAUGAAUUUAGUGUUGUUAAUCAACUCAGUUGGGAGGCACUCAGAACUUUGUAUAUGGACAUCACAUUGUCAAUCUACAGCCAAUUUGAAUAAAACGAAUAUUGAUAAAGUAUGUUAGCUAUUGUUCAAUCAUUGUAAUGUGAUAAAUAUCACAUUCCAACAAUAAUUUCAUUCAAAUGCUAGAAUGCUUUUAAAGUUUACACUGCAGUGGGUUCAUUAAAACGUCAAAAUAAAAUGUUUAUCAACGUAAUUGGAUGUUAUAUAUGUUAAAUCAUGAUUUGGUGCAUCUUUACCUGUACUGUAUCUUAGUUAUUUAAGGCUGCUGCCAUGAAUCAAAAAUGGUCUUUUAACUGUCAGUCUUUUUAUUCUAACUGUACUUUAAAUCAUUACCCUGUUUAGUGGACUGAAAGAUUUUGUUAAUUGUCUAUUGUUGAAUUUAGUACAUCACCUUGAUUUCAGUUCUCUCUGUGACAUUUACAAUAUCCUCCUAAAGGAUUAAUCAUUUUGUAUCUUUUCAAGAAGUGGAGACUGUGAUUUGAAACAUGCUUAAUUGAACAAAAUGAACAGGUUUUUUGGGUUAUAUGGUGUCAAGUGGAAGAGUAUUAUAACUGUUUGUUUGUUGGAAUAGCUGUGUUUGAUGAGACGUGACUUCCCAUAUACAGUAUUGAAAAGCUUUUCUUAGUUCUAGUAAGGACUGGUAAAUUAUAUACUGUAAAUUACUAUAAUUAUAGAAUUCAGAGUAAAUAUGCUUUUUGUUCAUAAUUCACAGGUUUUCACAACGACCAGCAUUUUCUCCUGUUCAACAACAACCAUUGUGCAGUGAUGUGCUUUGAAGAACAAAUUGUGUUUAAGGGUAGCACUGGAGUUAAAAAAUGUAAACUAUGUAAAUAUGGUUGCUCAUUACUUUUAUUUUGUUAUCUUAAGAUGUUGUAAAAAAAAAAAACAA